UUCCCGCCGUCCGGGCGCGCCAGCCAUGGGCUCCGAGGCGCCGCUCGGGCUGCCGGCCGCGCCCCCGCUCGGCGUCUGCUGCUACACGUCGGUGCUUCUGCUCUUCGCCUUCUCCCUGCCCGGCAGCCGCGCGUCCAACCAGCCCCCGGGCGGCGGCGGGGACUGUCCCGGAGGCAGAGGCAGGAGCAUCAACUGCUCAGAAUUAAAUGUGAGAGAGUCUGAUGUCAGAGUGUGUGAUGAAUCGUCCUGUAAAUAUGGAGGCGUCUGCAAAGAAGAUGGAGAUGGUUUGAAAUGCGCCUGCCAAUUUCAGUGCCAUACAAAUUACAUUCCCGUCUGCGGAUCAAAUGGGGACACUUACCAAAAUGAGUGUUUUCUCAGAAGGGCUGCUUGUAAGCACCAGAAAGAGGUAACAGUAGUGGCCCGAGGACCUUGCUACUCUGAUAAUGGCUCUGGAUCAGGAGAAGGAGAGGAGGACGGUUCAGGGUCAGAAGCUCACAGAAAGCAUUCCAAGUGUGGACCUUGCAAAUACAAGGCUGAGUGUGAUGAAGAUGCGGAGAACGUUGGGUGUGUAUGUAAUAUAGAUUGCAGUGGAUACAGUUUUAAUCCUGUGUGUGCUUCUGAUGGGAGUUCCUAUAACAAUCCCUGUUUUGUUCGAGAAGCAUCUUGCAUAAAGCAGGAACAGAUUGACAUAAGGCAUCUUGGCCAUUGCACAGACACAGAUGAUACGAGUUUAUUGGGGAAGAAAGAUGAUGGACUGCAGUAUCGACCAGAUGUGAAAGAUGCUAGUGAUCAAAGAGAAGAUGUUUAUAUUGGAAACCACAUGCCUUGCCCUGAAAACCUCAAUGGUUACUGCAUCCACGGGAAAUGUGAAUUCAUCUAUUCUACUCAAAAGGCUUCUUGUAGAUGUGAAUCUGGUUACACUGGACAGCACUGUGAAAAGACAGACUUUAGCAUUCUGUAUGUGGUGCCCAGCCGGCAGAAGCUCACUCAUGUUCUCAUCGCAGCCAUUAUUGGAGCCGUACAGAUCGCCAUUAUAGUAGCAAUCGUCAUGUGCAUAACAAGAAAAUGCCCCAAAAACAACAGAGGACGCCGACAGAAGCAAAACCUAGGUCAUUUUACUUCGGACACUUCAUCCAGAAUGGUUUGAACUGAUGACUUUUAUAUGCACACUGACCAUGUGAUGUACAUUUAUUAUGUCUUUUUUUAAAGAAUGGAAAUAUUUAUUUCAGAGGCCUUAUUUUUGGACAUUUUUAGUGUAGUCCUGUUAGCUCGUAUUUAGAAUAUUUAACUACAACAGUUUGGGACUGUUUAGUAGUCUUUGUUUUAUGUUUUUAAAUACAGAAAUUGAUUUCACGAAUUUGUACCACAUGGUAAUACUAAGACUUGUUCUUUACCCAUGGAAUGUAAUAUUUUUGCAAAGAUGGACCCACUUCACAAGUGGUUAUAAAGUCAUACUUCUUCCCCAGUGACCACAGCAAAUGGCAAAGCAUGAACUAAAGGUAAAGAUGUUUACAGAUUACUUUUCUUACAAAACAGAUCUAGAAGACACUGUGUUUAAAUAGAUAUUUAAAUGUUUUUGAGAUUUAGUACCUGAUUUUUUAGACAUUGCCUACCGCAUGAACUGUAAAGCUGUGUGUAUGUUAGAUGUAAAAUAUUUAUAAGCUGUAUGGACUGGAAUUUGACUAUUCCGCUCUUUGAAAACAUAAUUCUGACAAUUUGAAAAGGUACCAGAGAAUAUUGAUGGAACAAAUCACCGAAAAGUGGAUUUAGAUACUUUCUAAAUAGACUGUUUAAUAAGCAGAUUGGCAUAAAACCUUACAUUAUCAGUUGAAACUUUAAUACACGUUCAUUUUAAACACAAUGUUUGUUUUAAUAUAAAUAUACAAAUUGUAUCAGUGUUUGUGAAUACAAUGCAAAAAUAAUUGUUAAUGAUUGGUGCUCUGAAAGUGAGCUUAAAAAUGACCUACAACCUCUAUUCAAAUUUGUCCCGUAGUAAUAGCUGAAUUAAUAGACUGUUGAUGUUUAAAGGUCUGAAGUGUGAGUAGGACUGUAUUGAGGUGUUUAACGUGUAGUGUAGCCACUCCAAAUUAUGCAUGUAGAAUUUAAAGACUAUGUUCAGAUUUAAAUAUUAAUUUUAAUAAUUUGGUUUGGAAAGCAUGUUAUAAUAUAAUGUUUUCACUAUA